UGAACCGCCCACAUCGAGGACCUGCGCAAGGCAAAAGCAGUCCUCUAACCGGGGUAGACAGCUACAGUCCUGGGUAAUUAAAUUUCGGCGUCACAAAAGACAAAACAUUUCACUUCAUUUCGUUUUAAUUCAGACCUGUAAAUCCAGAAAUAAGGAAAUUAACCGACACUUAUCAGAUGUUGUGUGAUUUCAUAAACGCGAAUUAACCCACAAGAUCAAGAAAUUACUCAAAAAAACGAGCAGAAGUUCACCGAAGUUUCUCAGUAUUCAUCAUGGAGGAGAAGAAGGAGGAGAGCGAAGCGGAGAUCCACGAACACGGACCCGAACACUGGUUCUCCAAAUGGGAGCGUCAAUGCCUGGCCGAGGCCGAAAGGGAAGAACCGAACGAGGAGGCGGUGGACCAGAACCAAGAGAAACUGUGGCAUCUCUUCCAGAAUUCCGCUACGGCGGUGGCGCAACUUUAUAAAGAUCGAGUCUGUCAUCAGCAAGGACUGUCAUUGUGGUCUCCAUUUCAGAAUGCUGCAACAGCAGUGACUAAUCUUUACAAAGAGAGUGUUGAUGCACAUAAGAGAAGCUUUGACUUAGGAAUUCAGAUUGGUCAUCAGCGACGUAAUAAAGAUGUUUUGGCCUGGGUCAAAAAGCGAAGGAGAACUAUACGAAGGGAAGAUUUGAUAAGUUUCCUAUGUGGUAAAGCGCCACCACCAAGGACUUCUAGAGCUGCCCCCAAACUGACUGUCAUGUCUCCUAACCGACCACCUUCAUCGGACUCAGUAUCAUCUGUAGAGACUGAUUUACAGCCCUUCUGUGAGGCCAUAGCACUACAUGGUCUAAGUGGAGCAAUGGCCGGCAUCAGCGUCCGCUCAAGCACUCCCGGCUCUCCGACUCACGUCAGCGGCAGCUCGAAUGCAGGGCGCAGGCGGAAUGGACUGCACGAUGUGGACUUGAACACUUUCAUAUCGGAGGAAAUGGCCCUCCACCUUGGCAGCGCGGGCACCAGGAAGCGGUCCUCAGUCCAGUGCGCCGAUGUCAUCACAGACUCCCCAACCCAUAAACGCAACAGAAUGCUCUGAGUUCAGUUGUUGUUCUGUAUGCUUUGUGCUGCUUGAAAUAAAAGCCACUUAAUCCUCAACAUUUGCGUUCCCUCAAAAGGAAACAAGGAGCGCAGUAACCUUGCAUAUUCAGUACAGUAUGCCAUACGGUGGAGGCUAGUCCAUACCCCUCCGUGCAUGUUGACUUGUUUCUUUUUGCCCCUACCACAAAAUGAAUCCCAUCAGUCAAGUGACCGUGUUAUUUUUUUGAGUUGUAUGAUGCUGUCAGUAUCCAGUUUAUUGGAAAUAUAUUAACUACAAGAUACAACAAAUAAAAUAGGCUGUUUUUAGUUCACAGUAUCUCAUAGUUGCGCUUCCUAGCAUUGCCAAGCUAAUAACUCGAUGUUUGUUUUCAGAUAAUAAUGUCAGCAUCAGCUCAUUUCCCAUCAGUAUAUUUUCAGUUUUUCUUUGCACUCAUUGAAUGGCAGAUCAUUUUAGAAAUGUACAAUGUUAUUGGUCAUAAUUGAAACUGCUGCUGAUCUAAAUGUUUGUGUGAACUUGAGAUGGUUGCAAUAAUGAUUUUGCACUAAUGCAUUCAGCCAGACCUGUUGUUUUUUUUGUUUUUUUUAGGAACCAUAUAUAGACAUUAAAAGAAAUGCAAGGGAAGCAAGGCUUAUGAUAAAAUGGUGCAAUUGUUGACAUUUUACAUUUCAAGGCUGUUGUGAUUUGGUUUAGGGGUUAGGUGAGUCUUUGUGCUAUAAGAAUGGGUGUCUCUCAGGAGAAGUAGAGAAAAACUGUGUCGUCUUGAAAUUGAAGUGUCCUUUAAGUGCUUUUCAAAUCCAGGCCAGAGGAUUUGGAGAGCUGCACAUGUACGGUCCUGCUUUGUACUGAUGUGUAGAAGUCAAGCUGGAUUCUGACCCCCUUAGAAGUAGAAAUAUAUGUCGAUAUGAGCCCCUGGGCGAUUAGAGCAUGUGCUGCUUUGGCUCUGCAGGGCUCUUCAUCUAACAUGGAUUUUCUUUUUGCCCUUGUCUUUAUUUCUCGAUAUAAGAUGCUUUAUGUAGAAUGACCAAUUGAGUUAGUUGAUAUGAUCCUCGUGUUGACACUUCUAGAUUAAUGAGUGUUUGGCAUUUCAGAAAACGCUGGUGGAGGGGAAUCAGGAUGUGAGGUGUAUGUUCUGUCAAAGCCCAAUCAAACUGCUUUAUGCAGACAUAUUUAGUUACAAAUGUUUCAGAGAGUUUGCUUUUUGUUUCUGUAAUAUGAAUAUUGGCUAUUUGGUUAUUGAUUUCAUAAUUAAUUUGACAAACAUUUGUUUUCCAUACUAUAUAAAUGAACAUCUAAUUUUGAUUGGUCUGAAAAAAAAGUGCUUAUCAUUGAUUAAAUUGACAUGUAAUGCAUUUAGUUUAUUUGAAGGUCAGGAAGUGAAGCUAACAUUUUGUAAAAAGUUGGAAAGUAAAAUAGUCUAGAUUAUCCAAAUCAUCAUAACGAAACUACAGUUGCCAUUUUUGAAAAACUUGCAAAAGUUAUAGGCUAAGUUAUUAAAAUUACAUUUGUAUAUUCA